UAUUAAUAUGAGCGUAAAAAACACAACGGCUGAGCUCUCUCCAUAAACAAGGAAAGAAAGUCAAAAUUAUCGAAGAAAAUUCGAGAAGAAGAGGCCUUGGAAUCAACCCUCACCCAAUGGCAUACGUUGAACGAGGUGUAUUGAAAUCCAAGCGAUCCAUAUGGCGACUGAGAACAAUAACUGAUUUCUUCUGGGCUAUUGUGAAUCUCAUAGGCGUGUUCUUUUCUACUAUGUUCUCGAUGGAAAAGACAGAUACUUAUAAAAAAGGAUCUGGUUCUAGCAAGAAAUGGGAUGGUGGCCCAGGAGGUCCUGGUAGUGGACCAUAUGGUGGUCGCCCACGUGGCCCACCCCGUGGACUGGACAAUGUUAGAGGGAUUGACCAUAGUUCCUUGCCUGCCUGUGGCUCCUGCUGUGGCUAAAGUGUUGAGAGUCUCUAAAUAUGAAGCAGUGACUUUGUUCUUCGGAGUCCACAUCCUUCCCGCAUAGAGUAGAUGAUGGUCUACGUUGUCUACCAAAUCUUCUUCCAAUGGUCAUGAAUGGUUUAGCCCUUACGGUUCAUCCAAACCCCCGUGCUGGCAUGUAAGGUAGAAUGGGGACUCUGGUUUUGAGUUUGAAUUUGAAAAUACAGAAUUAGCUUAUGGCGACUUUUCAUAAAUAAAAGCAAUCAAUUCAGAACUACAUGAGCAAAUUAGGAAGAAA